AUGAAAGUUCACGUUUUAGAUUCUCAAAAGAAUAACUAUGAUAUAGAAAUUGGUGAAAAUGCUUCAAUUCAAGAUUUUAAAAAUUUAUUUUAUGAGAAGUAUAAUCAAAACAUUCAAAAUUGCAAAUUAUUAUACAAAGGUCGAGAACUCAAAGGAGACAGGGAUCUUUCCUCAUAUUCCAUAGAAGAAGGCUCUAAAAUUAUGCUAAUGGUAGCAAGACUGAAUAAGCCGGUUGACACUGAAAUUAUAGCACCACCAAAAAUAGAUCAGCCAAUUAGGCCAAUAGAAAAAAAUUUGCCUGCUGAAACUCCUAAAAUUUCAAGCAAUGUUUCCCAAAGCCUUCAACAGAGAGAUCAGCUUGAUAUUGAUCCUAUCAUUAGUCAAGCCUUAAAUGAGUUCACAAGAAAUUCUAAAAAUAACAACACUAUUAUUACCAUAGUCAAGGACAAAAAAUUGUUCACUAAAAUGAUCAAAAAGCUUAAAGACAGUGAUGAUUUAUCAUGAAUAUUUUUUGAACAAUUUAAGCCUAAAAUUAUUCAGGCAUGCAAAAAUGCAAUAAAAUAUCUGCCUCCAAAGGACCAAGAAGAAAUCAAUGAAUAUAAAAAUAAGAGAAGGGAAGAAAAAGAAAAAAUGAAGGAAAUCAGCCAAAAUGAUAUGGGAAGAGGGCUUGGAAUGGGAGGAUUUGGAGAUUUUGGCCUUGAUGGGUUCGGAUUUGGAGGAAUGGGAGGAUUUGGAGCUAUGGGAGGUAUGGGAGGAUUUGGCAGAAUGGGUAUGAGUGGAAUGGGUGGAAUGGGAGGAAUGGGGAAAAUGGGUGGAGGAAGAGAAGAAGAAAAAUAA